UUUGUAGUACGCACUACACUAGGCUGUGUUCAGUAAGUACUGUGCCGCGCAUGCGCAGUUCACUUCCUGUUUUGACUAGUGAGGCGCGAAACCGAUAACCGUGUAGCUGUCAGAUGUUGUGACGGAGCCCUAACUUGUAUGUAAACUACAGUUUUGAAGGUGAUUAUGAAGACAUCUCGAGGGUCCAGCAGGGCCUCAACACAAAACCCCAGAGGAACCACACAGAAAAAGACUAAUGCAAGAUCGAAAAAGUGUAAAGGCAGCGCUGCAGACCCUGAACAUUUAGACAGAAACAGAACAGUGGCAAGAAAUGAAAAAAGUCAUCAAUCGUGGAAGCGCCUGAACAAAUCUUCUUUACUGGCACUUGAGAACAUGUUGAAUGUGUCUGUUUUAUCUGUUCUGAUGUUGAAAAGCAAAGAUAAAGAUGAAUCACAGAAACAUCUCAACCUUAUUAAAAAUCAGUUUUUGGCUCAGUGUGCAAAGCUGUCUGUUCCUCCUAGGAAAUAUGGAGACAUAAUUCAAGUUUCCCAUCAGUUUAAAACUGAGAGCAGAAAGUCUGAGCAAGGCAAGAAGACACUUGAGACUCUAGAGGGGAACUUGAGCUCGAUUGUUGGCACUCUUGAAGAGAUUGAAGAAAAGAUGGAUAGUUUGGAGAAGAAAUGCCGGACAAUGAGAAGCCAACUAGAGGAAGAAGAGGAAAACGCGCAGGAGUUUCUUCAGCUGUCUAAACAAACGGUUCUGGGUCUUCCUGUUUUACCGCCUUGCCCAGCCAAUGAGCUCUCACUACAGGAGCACAUGAUGAAGAUGGUACCCGAUCCCAGUGCGGUGGUCCGAGCUCUUCAGACAGAUCCAGUAGUCGAGGAUGUGAAGGCGUUCUUGACGCUUGCACACAAACAGGUGGAUACAGUACAGACAGAUAAAGACACAGCUCUGGACUGAUAAUCCUGACACUUAAACACAGAUCAGAGAUAGAUCACAAAUUAAUAAAUGUACAAUCUUUACACUUUGUUCUGUGAUAACAGCAGUUGUUAAACAAAUAAAAUGCUUAUAGGUUUUAAAAUGA